AUGAAAACCACAAACAUUACAACAUUUGAAGCUGAGAAACAAUAUCAUUUGUAUGAUGAUGAAGAUGAAGAUGAAGAUAAUGGUAAGGAUAAUGGUGAUGAUGAUGAUGAUGAUGAUGAUGAUGAUGAUGAUGAUGAUAAUGAUGACGAUAAUGAUGAUGACAAUAAUGAUGAUAAUGACGAUGAAGGGGAUGUUUGUGUGCGUGUGUCCAUAUUUGUGUGA